CACCAGUCCAACCCUCCGCUGGGCCCACCGUCCUCUCCUAGCGACCGUCGAGGGAUGCAUUGAUUCUGCACAGCCAUGGCCUCAGCAGGGGCCAAGAGGCAGCCAGAAACCCAGAAUGGGGCUGAAGUAGGGUCAGCCCAGAUUGCAGAGAUCCCUGAGUGUCCAGGAACAGGAGAAAAUUGUCAGGUGCCAGCACAUGAGGCCUGCAGAACUCCAGGAGACCCGUGUCCAGUAGGACACAGCUUGAUAGCAGAGCUCCAGGAAGAAGGCACAAGCCUGGGAGAGGAAGUGCUCAAUCCAGGGGUGGAAGCAGGAGAAGACAGAGGACCCAAGCCUACAUCAUCCAUCGUGAGGCCCAGUCAUGGGCCCAAGAGAAAGCCUAUCAAGCCUCUUGUCCCAAGUUUGGGUACCCCAGCCCUCCCAGGGCCAAGCUACCAUGCCCAUCCUAGGGCUGAAGCUGAACUGCCACCAGGGCUACCACUGCAGAAGGAGGAGCCAGAGGGCAGCCACAGUGAGGCCUCACUGUCUGCUAAACAGCACAAAAAAGCCAAGAAACGCAAGAGCGUAGUGGCUCCCGCGGCCCCAGCCGUGGCCAGCACAUCGGCACCCACAGAGACCUUGGGGCUGGAGCCCUUUGCCUUGCCUUGGGUUCUUGUAGGAAAAGCCCAGCGCCUUCGGCCACUGUACCAGUAUAUCAACUAUUGCAACCCUGAGCUGAACCAGGCGGGGGAUGGAGACAAGGAGAUGGAAGUAGAACCUGAGUUGGACUUAACCCUUGUUCCUGAGGAGGCCGGUGUGGAACAGCUGCAGCUGCAGGCCUUGCUGCCUGUGGCAGGUGAGCUGGGCUUAGGCCUUGCCUUGCCCUGCCCUAACACACUAGUGCCAUUCCCUAAUGUGCCACUCACCCACACCCUCCCUUCUCUGGGAGAGGAGGCUGUAGAGGAGCCUGGAGGUGUGUCCAGUCUCCGGGUGAGUGGCAGCCUCAAGGCUGAGGUGGAUAAGACAACCCAAGUGGAUAUUGACAAGAUGUUGAGUGUCUGUGCUGCUCCUCUUGUGCCCCCUCUCUCCCCUCAGUACAAGUGACCCAUCUGCCCACUGGGAAUGUCCCUCCUCUAGGCCUGAACUGUGGCUGUAAGCCUAGGCCACCAGGUAGAGGAAGUACCUUAGUCUUUGUAUCUGGGAACUUGUGCUCACUGAAAAUAAACAU